CCUGUUUAUUUCACCGUGGAAGCCAAAGUGACCCAAGGCCAGUGGCUGUCCCAGAGGUGUGCGCCCACCUCUCAGGUGCUGUGGGUGCUCAAGUUCUGCUGAUCCCUUUCCAGGAAGAAACGUCCUGGAGAGAGUGGUUUCUCAGUGGCAGGAAGGCCACUGCCAAGCACACCCAUGUCCCUUAGCAGCUGGCUGCCUGCAAAAAAACCCCAAAAAAACCCAACAAAACCCCUGGGAGAAACCCCAGGUGUUAUCUCCAAACGCCUUGUUCAAACACCUCCCUUGUUUGUUCCUUUGGGUAUUUAAGGGACAAACACUUCCCAAUGCUGUGUGCGGGCCGGGGACAGCCAGGAAUGGUAAAUCCUGUAAAUAUUUGACUUCCAGACUUGCCAAACUUUGGUACAAGAUUAUGGUAAGAGAUGUUGGGCAUGCUGGAGGAGCUGGGGCUGAGUGGAGCAGCCUGAAGCCAGCACCAGCAUCCCUAAACACCGCGCUGCUCUUCCCUCUGUGUGGAUUGAUGGGUGGAGGAUCUCCCCACUCGUCUUGAGGCUCCUGGCACAUUUUCCUCCCGGGAUGGACAGCUGGGGACAUCGGCCCCCAUCUGGGGACACCGGCCACCAGCUGCCAGCAUCACUGUGGGGACCUCGGCGGCAGCGGGGGGACACGGACCCGGACCCUCCCUCGGGAGCGAACCCGCUCCCUCCCUCUCCGUGCCCCGCUGCUCGCCCCCGCGCUGCCUCACCCAGGGGGGCAGCGUGCGGGUCCCCCGGUAUCCAUGGCGAUGGGCGGCUGUUUCCCCCCGCGCCCCCUCCCCUUCUCCGCCGCAGCCGGCGAGCAGCCGCAACCGGCGCGGCGGCACCGCGGCGGCGGCACCGGGGCUCCGGACCGGCCGGGAGGGACGGAGACAGGGACGGGCGAGCUGCGCCCCCUCCCCGGGCAGCAGCAGAUCGCCUCCGGCCGUAGCGCCUGCACGGCAGCGAUGCAGCCCCCGGAGCCGGGUCGGGCCGGCGGAGGCCAUUUCAAUGGCACCUGGUGGCCCAACUCCAGCGGCAGCCACCUCCCGAGGGAGAACUACACCUUCCUGGCCUACUACCAGCAUUCCACCCCCGUGGCCCUCAUGUUCAUCCUGGCCUACACCUUCAUCUUCCUCAUGUGCGUGGUGGGCAAUGUCCUGGUGUGCUUCGUGGUGGUGAAGAACCGCCAGAUGCGCACGAUCACCAACGUGUUCCUCCUCAACCUGGCCAUCAGUGACCUGCUGGUGGGCAUCUUCUGCAUGCCCACCACCCUGGUGGACAACCUCAUCACAGGCUGGCCCUUUGACAACACCAUGUGCAAGAUGAGCGGGCUGGUGCAGGGCAUGUCCGUCUCCGCCUCUGUUUUCACGCUUGUGGCCAUCGCCGUGGAGAGGUUUCGCUGCAUCGUCCACCCCUUCCGGCAGAAGCUGACGCUGAGGAAAGCCCUGCUGACCAUCGCCAUCAUCUGGGUGCUGGCCCUGCUCAUCAUGUGCCCCGCUGCCGUCACCCUGACUGUCACCAGGGAGGAGCACCACUUCAUGGUGGACACCUACAACAACUCCUACCCUCUCUACUCCUGUUGGGAGGCCUGGCCCGAGACGGGGAUGAGGAGGAUCUACACCACCGUCCUCUUCUCCCACAUCUACGUGGCUCCCCUCGCCCUCAUCGUCGUCAUGUACGCCCGCAUCGCCUUCAAGCUCUUCAAGUCGGUGGCGCCUGCCCACGGCGGAGAGGAGCCGGAGGGGAGGAGGAUCUCCCGGAGGAAGGCCAAGGUCAUCAACAUGCUCAUCAUCGUCGCCCUCUUCUUCACCAUCUCCUGGCUGCCCCUGUGGACGCUGAUGCUGCUGACGGACUACGGGCGGCUGAGCGAGGGCCAGCUGCGCCUGCUCGCCGUCUACGUCUACCCCUUCGCCCACUGGCUGGCCUUCUUCAACAGCAGCGCCAACCCCAUCAUCUACGGCUACUUCAACGAGAACUUCCGCCGCGCCUUCCAGGAGGUCGUCAGGGCCCCGCUGUGCUCGCUCCGCUGCCAGCGCAGGCCCUACGGCCCCCGGAGCCACGGCCGUGGCACCCUCUGCGGCACCCGCAGCCGCGACUCGCCGGCCGUGUCCGAGUCAGGCCCGCUGGCCCCGCGCCGCGCCGGCGUCCCCGCCUGGGACGGCUGAGCAGCCGCGGCCACCAAACCCCUCUGGACAGAGGGAUUGCGGGGAUUGGCCACGAGACAUGGGAAUAAAGGUGUGUCCUGCUGAUGCCUUGUUCCUGGCUAGGCUCUCCACUUCCCCCACGGCGCCAUCCCGAGGGCCCCCGGGCCAUGCCAGAACCCCGUACCCAGCCCAGCCAGGGGGCCAGGGAAUGCAGGGAUCCAGGCUGUCCUGUCCCUGCUUGGCCAUGCCACGGAGAGGCAUGCAGCACCAUGCUGUGCUGGACCAAGCCAUGCCAUGCAGGACCGUGCCAAACCAGCCAUGCCAGGCAGGACUAAGCCGGACUGUGCUGGACCGUGCUAGCCCAUGCUGUCAUGGCCAUGGGGAAUGGACCAUUCCAUGGCCAUUCCAUGGAAGGGCGAUGCUGUGGCCGUGUUUUACCGAGGCAUCCCAUACUGCUGUGGCCAUGCUGGACCAAGCUGGGCUGCACCAAGCCAUCCCAUGCUAUUGUGACCCUGCUAGACCAAACCACGCCGUCCAGGACAAUGCCACUCCUUGCAUUUGUGGCCAUUCCUGACCACAUCCCACCAUACUGCAGUGACCAUGCCACCCCAUGCUGUUACACCUGUGCUGGGCCAAACCAUGCCAUGCCAGAUUGUGCCAGCCCACCCUUCUGUGGCCAUGCCAGGCAGGAUCACACUUGCUACUGUGGCCAUGCUGAACUAUGCUGGGCUAGGACCAUGCUGUGCUGGUCCAUGACAGCCCAGGCUGCUGUGGCCACGGUGAGCAGGACUGUUCCAAGCUGGGCAAGGCCAUUACAUGCUGGGAAGAACCAUUCCCAGCUGAGCAGGGCCAUUCCCAACCGAGAAGAACCAUUCCCAGCCGGGAAGAACCACUCCCAGCCGGCAAUAACCAUUCCCAGCCAGCAAUAGCCAUUCCUAGCUGGGAAGAACCAUUCCCAGCU